GAGUAUCAUAGGGCAAUCUACUUAAUACAGCAAAUACUAAAGGAGUUAACCCAUCAGAUUGCAGCUAAGUGGGAUAUUAAUAUAUCUCAGAUCGCCCGGACAAUCCAUACAACUCGAAACAGAUUAGAGGUGGAAAUAGACAACGAUAUUAUUCAAGAACUAAAGGAAGGCCAAGCCAUAGCCCUGGAAAUUAAGGAAACCAAGCAGUCUUCAGGGGUAAAACAAGAGUAG